AUGGCGGUGAAGGGCUCGACAAAAGGCAUGCCAAUCCUUGGAUACAUUGCUUGCUGCCUGGAGCGGGACCUCAACAGUUCGAACGUACGUCCGGCUGUUGCGAGAUACUUGACCGCUGGCGGCCGUCAUGUCAUGACAGCGCCAGGUUAUGGCAAUGAGCAGGCUAUUGGACAAGGCAUUCGGGACUCGGGCAUCCCAAGAGAGGAGAUCUGGGUCACCACUGCCCUGGAUCCUCAUGGCGUCCCCGCUGACAACAUCCGUGAAUGGGCUGCCGCGCAGAUUGAUUCAAGCCUGCAGCGGCUGAACGUGGACUAUGCAGAUGACAUCUAUCUCCACUGGGGCGUUGCAGUUACCCGACAGAACCGCCCUGAACUGGCAAAUGUCACGGAGGAGAUGAACCUGGAACUCUACCGAGGACUCCUUGAUGCGCAGACUGCUGGGAAGAUCCGCCACAUUGGAGUUGGGCUUCACACGCAAAGGGAGCUCGAAUAUUUGAUCAAUUCUACAGGCGUAAUGCCGGAAAUUAUGUACGCAUGGAUAACGCCCUUCAUGCCCGAGAAGCAGAUUGCCUAUGCAAUGUGGGCAAGAAGCCAGGGCAUGGCACUCUUUGGCUGGGGCCCGUUCAACUGGCAGCGCCUCGAUGAGCCAGCGGAACUUGAAGCACAUAGGUCGAUUACCAAUGAGCUUGCAGACAAGUACAAUACAACACCUCUCAGGAUCAUUCUCCGCUGGUACUUGGAUUUGGGGAUUGCCAUGGCAACAAGCAUGUUGAAACCGUCCUGGCUUGAGGAAGACUUGAAUUGUCUGAGGACUCCUUUGACUGCUGAAGACCGAGCACGCCUCGAAAGUGUAAAGUGGGGCUGCCACAAGACUGACCAGAUUCAGCCUUUGCCGGGCUGUAUGGAUGCUUGA